AAGAAAUUAGAAGAAGAAAAAUUUGUUUUAGAAACAAGAUUAGAACAAAGACAUUUACAGGGUGAAUAUGAUCCAACGAAAACUAAAAUACUUCAUUUUACCAUGAAUCCAGCUGCUAGAGCUCAGAAAGUAAGGGAAGAUAAUCUAGAAGUAUUACGUAGUGAGAAUGAGAAGUUAAGACGUCGUGUUGAAAUAUUAGAGUCUAGUAAAGGACAAGUUGAAGAUCUUACAGAACAAGUUGAAACACAGUUACAACAUCCCUCACCUAAUAAACAAGUCGAAGAAAUGAAGGCAUUAGUUAAAAGUGAAGAAUUAAAGAAUAAGAGAUUAAUGGAAGCAUUUAAGAAAACUAGUCAAGAGUUUCGUGAAGUGUGUUGUCAGAUUACAGGAUAUAAAAUAGACAUUACUAGCAGUAACCAAUAUAGACUCACUAGUAUCUAUGCUCAAUCUCUUAAAGAUUUCUUACUCUUUCAGCAAACAGCAGAGGGUGAUAUACAGAUGUUAGGAACAGAUUUUUCAGAAGGUCUACAAGAAUUAAUAGAUUUAUAUCUAGUCCAACAAGACAGUGUACCAGCUUUUCUUUCUAGUGUUACCUUAGAACUCUUUUCACAGAAAACUAUGAAUCUUGGAUAA